AUGUGCACAUCUUCUUCAAUUGGUAUGAAGCCGUUUCUUGUCACAGACAAGUACAAAAGCAAAAUUGCCGAAUGGAUAUCAACAAAGGUGCCGUCCAUAUCGAAGGAGUUUGCUUUCAAUGCCCUUGAAAUGCCGAAAAAUCCCACGCAUGGAGAUUUUGCGCUUCCCGUUCCAAAGCUACGCUUUCCCGGAAAUCCGGCACAAAAUGCAGUCAACUUUGCAAACCAAAGGAAGGUAAAUGAAACACGUGUCGAAUUAUCAUUAGGCGACCGGUUUGGCUGGAACUCCUCUGGCUCUGGCAAAAAUGUUGUCAUCGAUUUCGGAUCUCCAAAUAUCGCCAAGCCGUUCCAUGCCGGCCAUCUUCGUUCCUCUGUGAUUGGAAAUUUUCUCAAGCAUAUUUACACCGCCAAUGGGUAUCACGUCACCGGAAUCAAUUACCUUGGCGAUUGGGGAAAACAGUUUGGGCUACUGGCCGUCGGAUAUCUCAAGUACGGCAGCGAACAAGCAAUGGAGAAGGACGCAAUCAAACAUCUUUUCGAUGUGUAUGUCAAGAUAGCUGCAGAGGCUUCGCUGGACGCCUCUGUGCAUGACGAGGCAAGGGCCUAUUUUAAGCGAAUGGAGGAUGGCGACACGGAGGCUCUUUCGCUGUGGCGUAAAUUCAAAAACCUUUCCAUUGCAAAAUACGAAAAGGUCUUUGAAAGGCUGAACAUCAAAUUUGAUGUUUAUUCAGGCGAAUCGCAUUACGAACAGCAUAUGAAGGAUGUCAUCAAAAUGCUUACCGAUCGCAAUCUGCUCGUCGAAUCAAAGGGGGCAAUGGUUGUUGACUUGACCGAAAACAAGUUAGGUAACGCCCGUGCAAGCCAAUUUUUAUAG